UUUUUCUCCCGCCGGUUCCCGCCGCCCCUGUCGAUAUCUGCGAGAUGACCGUCAUGACUGGCCCCGUCCGCGUGUUGACCGAGCGCAUCAUGUCCCGUGGGUUUGAGCCCACGGUGUCGCGCAUGAUGGAGCGUGUCAAGAGCACGGUGCGUCGCCAACCAGGACUCUUGUCUGUGCAGACCCUUGCGGACGUCGAAGACCACCACAAGUACAUUGUCCUGUCCGAGUGGAAGACUCGCCAGGACUACGAGAACUGGGAAAAGAGCGAAGACUUCAAGUUGUGCACUGCCAAGGUCAACGAGUGCUUGGACAUGCCAGGAAAGAAAACGCGCAUUUUCCAGACCCCCAAGGACGACAUCUUCCUCCUCUAAUCGAGUGUCGUGUAUAUGCACCUCGAGUUCCAUUGUUGUCCA